GGAAUUCUGACACCGUAUUAUUGACAGACUAAAGAUAAACUUGCAGGUGCAAAUUCGUCACAAUUCUUCAACUUUGAUCUUGUGUUGGAGAUAUGGCAGGAAAUUCUGAACCAUCAAAAGUAUCAGAAGGAAAAAAAGAAACGAAUCCCGCAAUUAUCCUGCAAUGUGGAGCAUACUAUGUUGUAGUAUUUCAAGAACGAGAAGAAAAACUGCUGCACACAUUGAAAAAUGCUGCAAAGACUGGAUAUGAAAAAAUGAUUAGUGGAGGAACCGCAGUGGAUGCCGUUGAAGAGGCUGUUCGUAUUUUGGAGGAUGAUCAGUAUUUUAAUGCUGGUCGUGGAUCAUUAGUUAACGUUGAAGGAGACGUAGAAUGUGAUGCAAUGAUUAUGGAUGGAAACACCAUGAACAUAGGUGCAGUCAUGGCUGCCAAACAUUUCUUCAAUCCCGUUAAAAUAUGCAGGAAAAUUAUGGAAGAGUCACAUCAUUGUGCUUUCAUUGGAGAAGGGGCACUGAAAUUCGCGCAGGAUAAAGGCUUUAACGAUCUGAUUUGUGAUCCUGCAGAAAUUAUUGUUAAUGAAAUCAAGGAAAAAAUGAUGACAAUGGACAUUUCAGAUUUUGCCAGUCGAUAUUUUCCGCCCGGAACUUCGUCUCCAGAACAAAGUUUGCCAUUUGACACCGUUUCAGCGGUUGCUAUGGAUAGUGAUGGUCAUUUUGCUUGCGCCACAUCGACAGGUGGAGUACUCAGGAAAAGUAAAGGUCGUAUUGGGGAUGCUCCGCUGGUAGGCUGCGGAGCUUAUGCAAAUGAAUUUGGUGCUGCAGCAUCAAGUGGAAAUGGAGAAUCAAUAAUGAAGAUGAACUUAGCACGAGAAGUUGUUUUUAACAUGGAACAAGGCCAGAAUGCCUCGUUAUCUGCAAAGAAUGCUGUAGAAAGAAUGAAAAAUCGCCUGUCAUCCUGGUGUUCUAUGAUUGCAAUUGACAAAGAUGGGAACUUCGGAGUGGAAACAAACGCUGCUGGAAUGUUAUGGGCAACCUGCAAAGGUUCUGAUUUGGAAUUUGGCUCUAAGAGAAAGGAAUUUGUUAAAUUCAAAAAACUUUAAUUUAAAUUUCAAUAUCCAGUACGCACUGAUUUCAUAUUCUGUACGGUAUGAGGUGUUUUGCAAAAUACCUAAUUUUUAUUUGCAGCGUACCUAGAAAUUUAUGUAUAAUUAGAAUUCUACAGUCAGUCAUUGCAAAAAGUAUCUAAGUAAUAUACAAAACUGAGAAAAACUUCAAAUACAGUACUGUACAGAAAUAACCUCAGUAACACUGCGCUUGCGGUUUGGCUGCGGUAUACGUUUUCUUGGCCGCGGUUCGACCGCGAUCAGACCGAGGUUUGACCCAGGUUAACCGCAGUUUUUGUUACGUUAUUUCUGGGCAGCACUGUACUUUUUACUGCAUCGGUUAUCUUGUGUCAAUUUUUUUACUUUUCUAUUUAAAUUUCCACUAAUCGAAAAUGUCAUUUCAUUAAUAAAACAAUUUUAUU